AUGUGCGAGAAAAUCCUCCAGCAUCUGUGGGUGGUACUUGCCGCUAUCACGGUGAUAGCCUCGCCUAUCAAGGAUAGAGCGGUACAAGCAACCAAGGCAAACAAGCUCAAUUACGUCCCGGUCAGCAAUAUCAGACACGUAGACCAAGGCGAGCUCAGCUGUCUCUCUGACAAUAACUUCAAUGAACAAGGAGACCCCAACUGGUUUAUGUCCUAUAAUGGAGCUACUCAGCUAGCCAACGCCAGCUGCGGUUCCUGGCAGGCUUAUGGUAUACCUAUGGACUACUCUCCUGGUGUUAUGGUUUACUCGCAUACUCCACACGAUGCCUUUAUGAGUAUCAACGACUCUACCGACCCCCAGUAUACUAGAGCACAGGUCACGUUCGCUUAUAUUGGUGGACCUAAUUGCCCAGACCUUGAUAAGCUCGGUAUCGGUAUUUACCCAGUUUGUAAAGAGCGCCUGGCGACAAUUAUCAAUUACUGCGAUACGGGCAGGAACGAUAACCUCUGGAAACAAGGGGGCCGGUUCUUUCGAGACUGCAUGGUUUGGUCCAUCUGGAAGAUGCCUGUGUCACCAACAUAG